UCAUUGCAAAUUACUAGUAGUAUUACUUUUUGGUUAACUUGUGAUUUGUGAAUACAAGAGAAGUAACUUAGAGCAUCAUUAACGGGGUAUGCAACUCCCGUCUCUUAGUGUUAAUUGGAUUAAAAAAAAAGAAAAUUAGCAUAAUUACGAGGAAACAUAUCUUAAUUACGGGAAAUAAGAAACGGGUCCUCUGAGACACGUGUUGUCUUAUGGUUGUUCUCGUGUGUUUCUCUCUCUCCACGGAAGCAAACCCGUGUCUCUCUCCCUUGCUCCAUUUCGUCGAAAUCACCGCAUCUCUCUAUCUCCUCUCGACGACUCCGCCUGUGAUUUCUUCAUCUGUCGACGAUCGGAUGAAGGAUUUGGCAGGAAACGUUAACGGCGUGGCGAGGAGUCAGAUGCAGAAGCGGUGGAUUAGGAGACGCCGGGAAGAAAAAAUCGGUUCCUAACUCGAACUAUGUAGUGCAUUUGGACAAUUUCUCGUCCUCUUCCUCCAUCACUCGUCCUCUGAUUGAGAUACUUCGAGAUCUCAACAAGAAGAUCCCUGAUAACAUCGUCAAGAGCCACGAUCCUGGAUCCAGCGCAGCUUCUUCUGGCUUUAUCCCUUGGUUCCAUGCAAACCGGAUGCUCAGCUUCUACGCACCUGGUUGGUGUGGAGAGGUUCGUGACGUCAUUUUCUCAGAGAAUAAUGUCACUGUUGUUUAUCGUCUUACCAUUCGUGGCUCUGAUGGUGAGGCACACCGAGAAUCCACUGGCACAGUAACGAUCACUGACGAUGUGAUCGAGGAUCCAGUUGCUGCAGCUGAGGAAAUAGCAUUUUGCAGAGCAUGUGCUCGAUUUGGUCUCGGCUUGUAUCUCUAUCACGAAGAGUAGGCCGGUGUAUACUUCACGUGUGCUUACCGUUUUUGGUUGUGUUGAACAAGUCUUAGGGUAACAACAAUGGGGUUUCUCCACGUUAGUUUCUAAAGUUGUAUAUAUAAAUAUUAAUAUUUAAUUGUAAGUAUCUAAAAGUUAUGAAAAAUCUAACCGAAAGUAUUUAUUCCAAUUGGGAUUUCUUCA